AUGUCUCAUGUGGAUGGUAAUUUACCUGAUCCUGGAAAUGGGCAGUGCGCAAAGGGCCAGUUGUUGAUAACAACACAGGACACCGCGUCUAUCCCGCCGUCAGGCUCAUUUAUUCAACACAUCCCAGUCAGCAAAGGUAUGGAGCCUCAUGAAGCCGGCUCUCUGUUGGAAAUGCUUUCUGGUUUUAAUGACCCAGAAAUGGAAAAAGAGGUUGCUCGUGUAUUAGACUACCAACCACUUGCCCUGGCAAGCGCUGCCACCUAUGUGAGAGAAGUAAGAAACAACAAAUUAACUCCCAAUUUUAGCUGGGAUGACUUUCUGAAAAAAUUGGACCAAGGUAAGAGAAGUACAACAGAAGCCAUGCUCGCUGGAAGUAACCCAAGUUACAAAAACUCCAUGACUGUAGCUACAACACUUGCUGUAAAGAAGGCUAUCGCAACGGAUAAAGUUUUAGAGCACACUUUUCAUUUUCUUUCUGUCUGUGCACCACACCCUUUGAGUCUAGACAUUGUUGUAAAUUAUCUUAAGAAAGUGAAAGAAGAGCGUAGAGAUCCUGAGAUACUUGCUACGAGAAUUUGCAAAUGUUCUUUGCUGUUAUUUGAAGAAGAUGAAGGUCGCGCCUACAUUCGAGUGCAUCAGAUUGUUCAUGACGUCAUCAAUACUGUUAUGAAAACCUUGGCCAAAAACAAAGAGCUUGAAGCCAUUGAUGGGGCCAUUCUGUCGUUCUGCCAAGUUAUAGGUCAUAUCCUGGUUGAGGAUGACUCCCAUACUCUUAUCAGAAGCAAGAAGAUUGUUCCUCACUUAGUCGCAUUGAGUGAGAUAAUCGAUGCUCUAUUUUCUAGAGAAGGUAUAUCCGACGCUGUCAAAGCCGGAUCAUCCACUUCCUAUGACUACCGAAACUAUUUCGAAACCCUUGGUAAAACCUGCAAAAAACACUGUGAAUUCCGAUCGGCAUUAAUGUACUUCAACACAAUGUUGCGAUUAACUCAAUGUGACGAUGUGUUUGGUGACAAAGAAGUUGUAAACGCAUAUGGUUACAUAGGUACUGUGCACCAUUCCCUUGGUGACCUGCAGCGGGCAAAAGAAUAUCAUAAUCAUGCACUGACUAUUGGUCUGAGAAAGCUCGGACCUGAACAUAUCGUUGUGGCAGAAAGUUACAAUAAUCUGGGUUCUGUGCAUUAUGGUCUUGGUGACCUGCAGCAGGCAAAGGAAUAUCAUGAUUGUGCACUAACCAUUCGACUGAAAAAGCUCGAACCUGAGCAUCUCGAUGUGGCAAUUAGUUACAAAGACCUGGGUUAUGUGCAUUGUCGCCUUGGUGACCUGAAGCAAGCAAAGGAAUGUGAAAACUGUGCACUUAAAAUUCGUCUGAAAAAGCUCGGACCUGAACAUGUCGAUGUGGCGGAAAGUUACAAUGAUCUGGGUAUUGUGCACCAUAAUCUUAGUGACCUGCAGCAGGCAAAAGAAUGUCAUGAUCGUGCACUGGCUAUUCGUCUGAAAAAGCUCGGACCUGAACAUGUCGAUGUGGCAAGUAGUUACAAUAAUCUUGGUUCUUUGCAUCAUGAUCUUGGUGACCUGCAGAAGGCAAAAGAAUGUCAUGAUCGUGCACUGGCUAUUCGUCUGAAAAAGCUCGGACCUGAACAUGUCAAUGUGGCAAUUAGUUACAAUAAUCUUGGUACUUUGCAUUAUGCACUUGGUGACCUGCAGCAGGCAAAAGAAUGUCAUGAUCGUGCACUGAUCAUUCGACUGAAAAAACUCGGACCUGAACAUGUCGAUGUGGCAGAAAGUUACGAUAAUCUUGGUACUUUGCAUCAUGAUGUUUGUGACCUGCAGCAGGCAAAAGAAUGUCAUGAUCGUGCACUGGCUAUUCGUGUGAAAAAGCUCGGAUCUGACAAUAUCGAUGUGGCAAAUAGUUACAACAAUCUGGGCACUGUGCUUUAUGCUCUUGGUGACCUGAAGCAGGCAAAAGAAUGUCAUGAUCGUGCACUGACCAUUCGACUGAAAAAGCUCGGACCUGAACAUGUCGAUGUGGCAAGUAGUUACAAUAAUCUUGGUACUUUGCAUCAUGAUCUUGGUGACCUGCAGCUGGCAAAAGAAUGUCAUGAUCGUGCAUUGACCAUUUUUCUGAAAAAGCUCGAACCUGAACAUGUCGAUGUGGUAGUUAGUUACAAUAAUCUUGGUACUUUGCAUCAUGAUCUUGGUGACCUGCAACAGGCAAAAGAAUGUCAUGAUCGUGCACUGACCAUUCGUCUGAAAAAGCUCGGACCUGAACAUGUCGAUGUGGCAGUUAGUUACAAUAAUCUUGGUACCUUGCAUUAUGCUCUUGUUGACCUGCAGCAGGCAAAAGAAUGUCAUAAUCGUGCACUGACCAUUCGUCUGAAAAAGCUCGAACCUGAACAUGUCAAUGUGGCAAGUAGUUACAAUAAUCUUGGUACUUUGCAUUAUGCUCUUGGUGAUCUGCAGCAGGCAAAAGAAUGUCAUGAUUGUGCACUGGCCAUUUUUCUGAAAAAGCUCGGACCUGAACAUGUCGAUGUGGCAAGUAGUUACAAUAAUCUUGGUACUGUGCAUCAUGAUAUUGGUGACUUGCAACAGGCAAAAGAAUGUUAUGAUCGUGCAUUGACCAUUUUUCUGAAAAAGCUCGGACCUGAACAUGUCGAUGUGGCAGUCAGUUACAGUAAUCUUGGUACUUUGCAUUAUGCUCUUGGUGACCUGCAGCAGGCGAAAGAAUAUCAUGAUCGUGCAAUGACUAUUCGUCUGAAAAAGCUCGGACCUGAACAUGUCGACGUGGCAGUUAGCUACAAUAAUCUUGGUACUUUACACUAUGCCCUUGGUGACCUGCAUCAGGCAAAAGAAUUUCAUGAUCGUGCACUGGCUAUUCGUCUGAAAAAGCUCGAACUUUAA